AUGGCGAAGGAAAAUUCCCAUUUAGGUUACAGUCGUCGUCUGGAUGACAGCACCUCGUCAGAUUCCGAUGGCCGAGAAUAUUCUAGUCAUCACAAUGAUGCCAGUGAUACUAACCCCCAUCAGCAUACCGACAACACGGGAAGCCCUUCUUAUUAUGCACGUUCGUCAUAUGAGAAAAGAUAUAACCAACCCUGGCCGUUUGCUCAUGCCAGAGGUAGAUCUACAGAGGACUUCACAGAAGAAGUCACAAGUUUUUCAUCGCUUGUUCCUAGUUCGAACACCAGUGAACAGAUAGAGGACCCGCAGAAGGUAUUACCUUCCGAGGAAGGUCGGAGAGGCAGUCCAGCGCCUGGUGAUCCGCUUGUCCAAGCGGAUGAUCCCACAGAUGCUGAUAUAAUGAAUCCCGAAGAACGGGUUAUUCUAAUGGGACUUAAGCGAUCGGAAACCGCUCCACAGCUAAGGUCUCUUUGGGGGAAUUCCUAUUCUCGGAAAGGAUCGUUAAGCACUACAAGUGACCGACCCUCUAGGCUGGACCCUCAUAUAUACCAGUCAUACGCUGCUGGGAUUUUACACUCUUCUGGAAGAUCUGAGAAAUUCCUCAAGCUGCAAAGAAACUUUAUUGUUUUAGGCCGGGUAUCAGAGCUAUAUCAGCAUGUAAACAGAGCACUUAACAGUGGCAAGAGUCCGCCGGAGUUUCAGAAGAAACAAGCGUAUUCUGAGUUAGAACAGAAGGAAACCAGCGAAGAAAUGAGUGAACUACGCUCUCACUUGGAAGAAGCUCAGAAAAAGAAAGAAUUUUUUUCUAGCGCUAGUGACGCCAAAUUUUAUUGGCGGCCAGACAAAGACCGAGAACUUCAGAGAUCUGCUGGUGUCGCAGAACGGCUUCAAAAAUACCAGCAGGCUAUAAAGAUGGCAGAAGAACCCACGCAUCAUUUACUUGAAAACUCUAGUAAUAGCAUGAAAAGAUCUGUUUCUUUUGGUGAUAUUUACUCGAGGUAUGACGACCGUUUCACAAAAACACCCUCCGUAAAACCAUUCGAUGAAUUAUUAUCAACGCAGCAUACACAUAAAACUGUCACCGGCAGUACAGAAAAACAGUCAGAGCCCAAACCACAUGUUCCAACCAGUGAACUCAGUGACACCGAUAAAGUCAGCCCCACAACAGAACUCAGCUUGUUAAGGCGGACUUGUGUUACCCCCGGUCAGGUACUGCCAACAUCCACACCGGUCAUAUCUCAGUAUCACCAACAACUGUCUUCUCCAAGUAGCAAUGAUACGUUUACUUAUUUUAGAAAUUCCAAAUCUUCCUCUGGUGUGCAAUUAGAGAUUAGUUGCACACAGCCUCAUGAGUAUACCAGCGUAGAUACAUUUCGCGAUCAUGAGGACGAUCAGUUGCUUGCCUCAUCUUUAGAAACAUUACCGUCCUACCAAGACGCUAAGCAAAGAAGUAACUCAGCACACUAUACUAGUCAUCCAUCUUCCCAGAUGAGCAUACAGGCAGCUCAGUAUUUGCCGCGCCAUAACGCGAGACAAGAGCAGACAACACUGUCCACACAUAUCUCCAUGUCUACAGUGAGCACCAGUCCUUACGAAAUAGAAGUUCCCGAUUUCAUCUCUCAGAAGACCACCCAGGAUGAUGCAGAUGGUCUGCACAUUCGCUCAGUAUCUGCUCCUUAUGCCGCCGCUUCUCUACAGAUGGCGCUAGCUGGUGGUGCCCUGCAGAGAACUAACUCCUCCAAGGACACGUUUUUCGGGGCUGAAUAUCAUGUACAGGAUCACCAACCUGCUGUAGGAACACCCACCCAGUUUCUUCAGCCACAAGUUGCUGCAUCGUCUACACAUGUGGCUAAUGACAAAGUAGGUUCAGAAAAGGCAGAUAAGCAGGAGUCCGAAAGUAAUCACUCGACUAGAGAAUACAGUGAUUCACAACCCGGUGCAUCUUGUGACAUCAAAGAUAGGAAAAUGGGUAACUUAGAACAUGGUCAUGUAUUACCUGUUGGUAACAAGAAGUCAACAACGAAACACUCAACCAGUGUUCACCAGGCAAAGGAAGAUGGUUCUGCAGAGGAAGUAUACUGUCGUACCAGAUCUCGUUCAAAAGAUGUAUUCACCAAGCACCUAGAAUCUACCUCAGCAAGAAAGUCACCGCAGAAGGAAAGCCGGGCCACGGACUUGUCGAAGAAAGAACAGCAUAUUCCCAGUUUUACUGCCACUGAGAAACUGUCACAUUCAAGGCGGCCACGACUUCUGAGUGAGCAUGCCGAACCUAACGGUUCCCUGGCGAAUCCCAGCAACACACAUGCCAGCAAUCGUAACACUAGUCAGUAUAAGGAUUUGUUGGCUAGGGCUCGCAGGGAACGUCUGGCCAGGAAGGGAUACAUCCACAGUUACGUCAACGACCCGGAACCUGUACAUUUCCAGCCAUAUACCCCAGUCAUCAAUACUGAUUCUAGAUUGUAUAAUGCAUAUCCUUUUGAAUUCGGUAGCUCAUCGGAGUUACAAAAGUCCGCAGAUACAGAGUCGAUGGCGUCCUCAGUUGACAGAAUGUUACAGGAGUAUCGAUCGCACGUCCCUACAAGCCCUCAGCUAGAAGAUCCGUUUUCCCCUACGUUCGGGGAUACAGAUGAGAGACUCGAUGAUGAAGCAGGAUCCCUGCUUUAUCAAGAUAUCAAGAAAACCAUCCCCAAAUUAAGCACUGGAAACAAAUCAUCCAAAAUCCCUUUGACCAGACCAGAAAAACACAUUGAAGCGAACAGUGGAAGCUUUAAGGCUAGAACUAUCUCGCAUCCUACAAGCACAGCAACAUUGAUACCGAAUAACGAAGACAGCGAUGACAGCUACUCUAUAAUAGGGAACCUCAGUUAUUCUGUAUCCUGGGCUAAGAGCAUGUCCGACGUGGUACAGAAGGAAGACGAGGAUGUUGCCAGGAAACGCUUCACAGAUGGUACACUCAGAGCCCACCAGGAGGGGCCGACCAUCUACAACGCUGAUAAGCUCUCCAAGACCUCCAGCGAAAAGCUGCAGCAACCGAAGACUAACGUCGGGUUUAACUCUUUUAAAGUCACAGAUCUGCGAGGGCUGGCUGAAAAUAACGAAUUUUCUAUGAAUAAAUUAUCAAGAAUGACAUUACCGCAGUCGCCUGCAGUAGAUAAAUCAGCAAAAUCUGUAACUGGUAUUUGGUCAGUGCAGUCCCAGGUUGAUCGUCACGUUUCGUCUAACCAUGAAGCACUUUUGCCGCCAAAGCCAUUGCCCAGAAAACACACCGGCAGCUCUUUGUCAGCAUCUGAAAACUUCCAGUUUGAGCCACAGACACGAGGCGCUAGAGGACUAGAUCUCAAAGAGAUAGAUUUUGAGACUACACGCAUAAACACGAAGACUGCAUCCCCUGCGAGACACAGGCACUCUAAAACUCAGCCCAUGGCAAAUGUGGAGACAGCUAAAGCAGUACGUGGAUCAGAAAAUCACACAGUUGCAAUUCCCGCUGUCAGUAUCGAGGCACUAGAAUCCGCGCCAGAGGAAGGCGUCUCAAACAGUGACAGAACACCGCUGGGAAAGUGGGAAGACAUCUCUGAGAUAUCUAAUCAGCAGGAGGUGGAUAGUUCUCCAAGCCCCACACUGUCCUCUGAUGGAAGCACAGGCACUUUCAUAGUUAACCACAGCGACGACGAGGCCAGAUUCUCUAUGAGCGGUGGUACCGUUGAACCGACACGUGAUGAUUUUCAUUCCAGAAACGCUAGUCACAGCAACCACCAGUUUCCUACAGCUGCUCACCAUGUCCCUAUAUCUAAGAAUGUUGCCAAUGACUCGAAUGUUCCAGAAAUAAGACAGCAUAAUACUGGACAUCGAUCAGUCAGCUUCUACCCGGGAACACAAAUAGACGGUUUUUACCAAACAGAAAUCUAUCAGCACUACCAAAAGCCAGUGCAACAGCUUACAAACAGCCCUGCAUCCAUCAAGAGUAGUACGCCACUGACUCGGUACUGUCAGCAAAGCACUAAGGCUUCUGUAAUGCAGCUGAAAAGUGUAUUCGAGCAGAAAGCCAAGAGCUCAGCAACGUCUUUGUCAAGAGCUAAAUCUGCACCAGACUUAUCUGGACAGUUGUAUCCGAAGGACGGCUACAGACAUACAUCCGUAGAAGUAGGUGUGAAAGUAACUGCAUCCAGAAACCUACCAGAAAUGCAACAUCGGUUACAUGGUGUGCACGUAAAGGCUUAUUCCAGAAAAGAUACCCCAAGCAGUCUUGCAGCAGACGUACAAACAGUUCGGCCUUACGCAGAUUCACAUUUCAAGUCGGAGAGCUCGCUACCGAAAGCUGUCAGUGAAGAGACAGGGAAGCUGCUGUCUUGGCCUUCACUUCCUCAUGUGGCCACUAGCACCCGAUACGACCCAUAUAUCCCACCAGACGACAUCUACAAGGAGGUGGAGAGUUUCAAGGAAGGCAGGAAGCUAGACAUUCCUCGCAAAAAGUCCCAUUCUCCAUCUAGUGUGGGCAGGAUGACAUUAGAGUACUUUGAUCAUAUUGCAGCGGAAUGGCAAACUGGCAUAGUCAACAGACGCAGUCGUGAUUCUGAAAAUGUCAGUCAUUAUUCUGGUAAUGGGCAGCCACCAGCAAAUGGCGAAGGCACCGAAUACACUCACCUCAAAGUACGAGCAGAACCAUUUGUGAAAAGCAGUUAUAAACACCACCAUACCGAUGACAUGAAAUUGCGACAAGAAGAAAGUUCUGUCUCUAACUCAAACAGAAAAGAAGAAAGUUCACACAGGAGCGUGAUAUCACUGGCCAAACAUCAAGAUCAGAAAGUGUCGCCAAACUAUCGUGAAACACUCUCAAGUUCCCAGGGUACCGAUGCUGACACCGUGCACGCAGUCAGUUACCAACAUUCCCACUGGGGGGCCAGCUCAGUCAUAUCCUCAGAUGUUCCACACAAACACUUAACGCUUUCAGACUCUGUUCUAUCAGCAGAUAUUCCUCAGAAACACGGGCCUGCUUCUAACAACGUUACAGGUAAAAACACUCUAAACAUAGGCAGCAUAACCACACAAAGGACGGCAAAUAGCAGUGAUAGAUCACUAGACAUUGGAUUGUCUGAUCACAGAAACAGUGUAGAUUUAGCAGCUGACCACCUUCAAGACGCGCGCACUCGGGCAAGUAAAGGUGUUCCAACAAACAUCAUAUUGCUGGAAAAACCGCGGGAAAUAGUGAAACCAAUGCCAAGGUCAGGGAUAUCUGUAGACCUGACUUCAGCCAAACGGAAGUCAGUCCCUGGAAGAUCUCAGAUUACCUCAGAUUGGGUACAAGAACAAGAACGUGAAGAGCAGCAGCCUCCAGCAAUACCCCCACCUCCCUCCUCUGCCUCCAUGAAUUCGUUUGCAGUAUCUGCCUCCCUGUCUGCCUCCAGCCCCUCCCUGUACUCCCCUCCUGAUAGCAACUAUCCCACCUUAAAAAGACAGCCUGCUCCUGCUGAGGGACUCUCUACUUUGCCAAGGACUCACCAGGCCAGGGAUCAGGCUUACCGUGACCCCCGGAAAGAAACGCUGCCAAGUCAGCCUAUGAAGGAAAACAUCCAACCUGCUAGGUAUACGCAAGUAUCCCAGGGAAGGGAUGCUGAGAUAAGGCCACAUGUACCACCUCUUCCUCCCCGCUUUGCUGUCCUCAACUUCCCUGCCUCUGAUGAGAGAGUUGACAGCCAACAAUCCCCCAGAGCGAGCAGACAGCAAGGCCGAAGCAGUGAACAUCAGAAUUCUCUCUAUGCUAGUAGUCCAGCUCUAUUUGACUCCAGCAGAGGUGACCACCAGACUUCUCCAACAGCUCCACCUGGAAUUAGCCGAGGACUGGUAGGAAGUUAUGACCAGCUUUAUGGUACUAGAAGUCCACCUCAGCAUGGAAGAAAUGACAGUCAGCCCAUAAGUAACCGCCCACAAGGAAACUUUCAGGGAUUAUAUGGCUCUAACCCAAAAGUGAUCCAGAAAACACAGCUGUUUGAAAGUCCGUCCCCUUACAGAGGCCCUCAGACACACAUCCCUACUCGUGAUUCACAUGAUGGCCCCACCACUGCCCCCAUUCCUCCUCAGAGACAUAGUAGUAACUCAUUUGGGGGUGGAUCUGGUGGUGUUUUGGACAGCUGGAGAGACCGUAACCGAGCAACUGCCGCCCAACAGCUAGGGGUCAAAUCCCCACCCUCCGGACACAGAGUUUCUCCCAAAG